UCGGGUGGAGAGAGCGGAAUAAUGGGGUCACGAAGCAUGUGGAGUCAGAGCCAAGUACAGAGAAGCAGAAACCAAUGUAUGUUUAAGCAAGAAGUACCUGAGGUCCUGGAAGCUGAUUCAGCAGCAGCACCAGAAGUGUGUCCUGAAACUGUAAGCCAGGAUCAAUACCUAAAACAUCCUCUACAAAACAGAUGGGCUUUAUGGUAUUUUAAAAAUGACAAGACCAAAAGUUGGACAGAGAAUUUGAGACUUAUUGCUAAAUUUGAUACGGUUGAAGACUUUUGGGCGUUAUAUAAUCACAUACAGCAACCUAGUAAGCUUUUGUUUGGGUGUGAUUACUGUUUGUUUAAGGAUGGUAUUAAACCGAUGUGGGAAGAUGAUAAAAAUAAAAGAGGAGGAAGGUGGCUAAUGACACUUAACAAGCAACAGAGGCACAAUGACUUGGACCGAUACUGGCUGGAAACGCUUUUGUGUCUGAUCGGGGAGGCCUUUGAUGAGUUUAGUGAUGAGGUGUGUGGAGCUGUUGUGAAUGUCAGGCCAAAAGGUGACAAAAUAGCAAUCUGGACAGGGAACUGCCAAAACAGAGAUGCAGUUGUUUCAAUAGGGCAAUUGUACAAAGAACGUUUAGGACUGUCUUUGAAAGCUCUUAUUGGUUACCAGUCACAUGAUGACACAUCUAGCAAAAGUGGAUCCACAACAAAGAAUCUGUUUUCAGUUUAGCGAAUGUCCCAAAUGCAGCAAACAAACUGAAAAUCAUCUGGUAACAUGGGUAAAAGUAACUAAAACAUUGGAUCUAUCAACACACAGAAACUUGCAGCAAGCAGGAACUGAACAAGCCAGGUUCUGAGAGGUCCUUGCAGCUAACGAGAAUCGGUUUCUAUUGGCAAAUGAAAGGUCGAUGGAGGGAGCCUUACCCAUUGGGUCAAUAGAAUUUUUUUGAUUUUGUCAGGCUCAAAUUUAACACUAGCUGACAAACAGACUACGCAUUUUCAUUUUUGGCCAUUUCUAACCAAUUAUUAGCUAAACAAAAGCAGACAGUAGUUUGUGUACACAUCACUAUUUCAUAAUAGCAAAAGACAAUGAAUAUUUUCCCUGAGAUUUGGCCAUCCAGACACAGCAUGCUGAUAACUGUCCUGAAUGUUAGUUGGUAAUGGUAAGAGCAGUGUGCAAGGCACAAAUUAGCAGUAGACUAAUUAUUAAAAUCUGCACUAUUUGCAAACUACAGGCUUUCCUUGUUUCAAGCAUCCAUAAUGAAGCAGCUUUGGGAGCAGGCAGAAUUUGCCAGUCACAUCAAUCAUGCUGUUUCAUACAUGGGAAUUUGCUUGUACUUCAGUCUUUCCAACCUGUAUGAGCUCAAUAUGUAUGGGAGUUCUCCGAAAGUGAGAGCUUACCAUCUCUCCCUAAGUGUGAAUAUUAAUUCAGCAUGGGAGCCAAUGCUAAUGCCCAUGUUAUGAUUCCAUGAUUCUUUUCCUCCCAUUCCAGGAAUCUAAUGUUUAUAAAUCUAGUUUGUAUUUCUGUGGCAGUGUUAAAUUAUUUAGAGCCCAUCAUAAACAGAGCAGACACCAGGGGAGAAAGGUGAAAUAGUUUUUUUAAUCACUAUUUCAUAACAUGUGAAGUUGGGGAAGAAUUUUAAAACUUAAAUUAAUGGUUGUAAAAUGUGGGGGCCAAUUCUAAAUGUCAAUAGUUAAAAACAGUCUAGCCAUCUCUCUUAGCUGCCACUUUGAGUGACUUGGAAUUUAUUGCUGCUUUUCCUUAUAUCCUGCAUUUCUUUAAGCUCUGAUAACUUGAGUGCCCAGAAACAUUCCUGCUAAUGUUUGAUCUGCAGCCCUGUGUUGAUUUUGAUCACUUGCAUUUUGAGGUGAACUUGUUCGCAUGUGGAACUAUUCCAUAGAAAAUAUUAUUUUCUUAAAGUAUUUAACAGUUAAAAGCAUUGCUGUGAAUUUAAUUCAAAGAUUUUAAUAGGAUGUUGAACAGCUUUCCUUAUUCGAGAUUCAUUGAUUGGAUUUGAAAGUCGUUUCACAGCAGAUGAAAUAAAGAUUAGAAAUUAGGGAUAUUGCCUAAUGAGCAGGAAAGCUGAUGCUUUUAACACCCUCUCACCAGUAUUUUCUCAUUGUGCAUUGUAUGAAUUCCAGAACUUGGUAAUAAAUGCUAAUAUUGGAACAA